CUAUAUUCCUAUGAGAAUGUUAUAAAUGACUAAAUAGUUAUUCUCGAUGUAAAAGUAACAUAAAAAAUUACAUUCAACGAUAGUAUAGUGAAGGAGAAUAUCAGAUGCCUCUUCCCUGUCGUCUACCCUAUUUAUUUGCUAUCUGCAACUUUUUCAUACGAAGGCCAUGUCAUUUCCUUCAAAACUGGCCAAAUUGUUAGAAAGUAACUAUAAACAAUAUUUCCAAAUUGUUUCUGAAACUUCAGCUAAUCUGCAAACGAAAAAUUUGACUUUUGUUAGUGGUAAUGAGUCCGCAGACUUGGAUAGCUGUGCUACUUCUAUAGUUUACGCCUAUUUCUUGCAACAUAAGCUUCGUGAAAGGUGCGUUGUCCCUUUUUUUAAUAUUCCUAAAAAUGAGCUUCGUCUUCGCCCAGAGUUGUUAUGUCUUCUUGACAUGCUAAAAUUACACACAGAUAAUUUAAUAUUUCUUAAUGAAGUUGCGACAGUACCCGAAAGGUUCUACUCGUCUCCUAUUCAUUUGGUUGAUCACAAUGCCCUAGACCGUAAAGAAGUAGCUAAAUUCAAAGGAAGCGUGGAGGGUGUAAUUGAUCACCACAAAGACGAAGGUAAUUAUUUACAUGCCAACCCUAGAAUUAUCAAAGAAUGCGGAAGUUGUUCAACUCUUGUGAGUCAAUAUUUCAUGGAUUUACUGAAGUCUCUUCAUGAAUCAACGGAAAGUCAAAAGGAAGCAGAAGAUAUAGCCGUUUUAGCGCUUGGUCCUUUACUUAUCGAUACUGGAAAUCUCAAAAAUGAAAAGACUACAGAUACUGAUGUUGAGGUAGCAGAACAGUUAUUCCAGUUCGUUCCAUCUGGAUGGGAUCGUGAUGAGUUUUUCAAUACUUUAAAAGACAGAAAAGGAAGCUUUAAAGGAUUUUCUUUUAUGGAUCUUUUACAUCGAGAUUUAAAACAAUACGCUCCAGGAAAUGUGUCUAUAUCCUAUCCCAGCAUAGGAAAAGGAAUUGAUUGGAUUGUCGAGAAGCGGAAUAAUUGGCAACAAGAAUUGAAGGAAUUUGCCGAAGAGAAGCAAACAGAUCUUGUAAUUAUUGGACUUUCCCUAAGCAAAAAGGAAGAAUUUCGUCGUCAAAUGAUAUUAUAUAGAAGAACUAAGCAGGGAGGAUCAUUUGCUGAAAAAUUUUUGGAGAAACAUCAAAAAGACUUAGGUUUAGAACUCUUAGCAAACAUUGAAGGGAACACUAUAGUUGUAUUUAACCAAAGGAACUCCGCUGCUAGCCGUAAAAAGGUGGUACCUAUGAUCAUGGAUUGUAUUUAAAUUUCUUUUUGGUACUUUAUCUAAAUCUUUUCUAUAAAUUAAUCUAAAUCGCUGUCUUCUGAUUCAUUUUUCGUAUCCUUAAAUCCCAUAAUUGACUUUUUCCCUUGAGGAAUAUUCUCCUUUAUCUUUUCUAUUGCAGCCCAUUUUAACAACCAAAACUCCAACACGGGUGUAUCAAAAUCGUCAUUAUUCCCUAAAUCAGCGAAUCCAACCAGUUUACUAACGAGACUUGCGUCAACGUAACAAAGUACUACCGGUAGCACUUUUAAGCCCAAUUUUAAAGCAAGAAAUGGAGCAUUUGCUGCUUCGAUACGUAUAAACUUAGUUUCCCAAUGACUUUUGGAUAUUUUCUAAACAUAUUAGUCAUUUUUCCUGGUUAACUUUAUUCUUUACCUCAAGGUGCGAAUCCAUUAUUUUGCAGCGUCUAAAAUCAGGAUGAAAGAAAUGGAUGACUACACGCUUUGAAGAGCUAUAAAAGAAGGUUAGAAUAAACUAAUAUAGAAUCUGACGUACGUUGUUAAAUCCAUUACUUCUCUUUCACUUUCAACUGUCAAAUAUUGCAUAUGACCUUUUUCCUUGGCAGCGGAAACUCUUUCAAAUCUAUCGAAUAUUAGCUUGAUUUAGCGUAAUUACAUACUCUUCUUUCAAUGAUUGCAUUCGGUUUUCUCGAUAAGCACUAUCGUCG